GAGAAAGGAAUUUUCCUUUCUUCUCUUUUGAAGGAGCUCCAGCCUCUGCCGUUGCUGUUGGGCAUUUAUCUCCAGUUCCUUGACUCUGCAGUGAGCUCCAGGCCUUCAGUCUUUCACCCAAUCCUUCAGCCCUCCGGAGCGCAGACGGCCAUUUCGCACCCUUCCACCUCGGAUUCCGCUGGUGUCCACUGGGACUCUUCAGCUUCUGAUCCCGUAAGCCUACCUCGCAAAUCCUUUAUAUAGUCAUCAUGAAUUUGGAAAUGACUUUUGAUGAUCUCAAGAUGAAGUCUAUGAUGGACCAGCCAGAUCAGAAGUCAUUUGGAAAGAAAGCUAAAGGUCUUCGUCUCCUUUCUUCUCCAUGCUGGUGCCCUGCUGCUGUGACUCUAGGCAUCCUUAGCCUGGGAUUAUUGGUGAGCCUUGUAUUGCUGAGGGAGCAACUAUUCCAGGUAUCUGACCUUCUAAAACAAUACCAAGCAAACCUUACUCACCAGGCAAAUAUCCUGAAAGGGCAGCUCUUAGCCCAGCAGCAAGCAGAGAAACAUUGCCAGAAUUCACAGAGGGAACUCAAAAACACGAUAAAUAGCCUUUACCAGAAGGUGGAUGAAGAAGCCAAGGAGAAAAUGGAACUUCACAAGCAGAAUCUGCAUCUCCAAGAAGCUCUGGAGAGAAUGGAAAACUACUCAGGACCUUGUCCCCAGGACUGGAUCUGGCAUGGAGAAAAUUGCUACUUAUUUUCCUCUGGAAUGUUUAAUUGGGAAAAGAGUAGCAAGAACUGCUCAGCUUUGGGUGCCCAGUUGCUGAAAAUUAAUAACAAGGGUGAUCUGGAUUUCAUCCGGGAAGCCACUUCCCAUUCUAAUCUCCCAUUCUGGAUGGGACUGAGACUGCAGAAACCCAGGAAUUCAUGGCUCUGGGAGGACGGUUCUCCUCUGAGGCCCCACUUGUUUAAACUUCAAGGUGCUUUUCCUAAUAUGUAUUCUCCAGAUACUUGUGCAUAUUUACAACGGGGAGAUGUUUUCCAUGAAAACUGCAUUUUAGUUGCGGCCCCUAUAUGUCAGAAGGCAGCAGAUCUGUUGUGGACACAAUAAAUUUGAAGAAGCUGGAAGAAAAAAGGAAGGUCUUUGGAUUUUUCCUGGAAUUUAGACCAUUUUUCAUCUCUUCGGAGCAAACCAUAACAGCUCUGAGAACUGAUAUUGAUGAGCCAGCUUCAGACUCCUUAGCAGAGUCCAAAACUCAGUGCAUUGGAGACUAAGACUGGGACUCCAGCUGCCUGACACUUUCAGAUCAAAAGCUGUGAUUCUAUUUACCCAUUUAUACGUUUUCCGAGUAGUCUGUCCCAAGCUUCUUGCCAACCUUCAGGCCUUUCUCUCCUCCUCUGUUUUAAAAACUGACCCAUCGCCAAGCUUGGGAAGCUAGUACACUCAGUCUUCUCUAUGUUGGUGCUGACUUUUGCAACUACAGAGAGGGCAGAACAACGUGCCCAGCUGCAUGAAAAUGAGGAAGGCAAAAAAGGAGAAAUGUGCCCAGAAACAGUGAACGUGACGAGACCAAUCAAAGGAAAGGCUACUGUGUGCUCAAGAAUCUCAUGUUCUCCACUUAAUGGGCCUCACUUAUUGGCUUUUUAAUUGUGUUCCAUUUCCAAACUCUACCACUGACACACACAUACCACAUAUUCUGGGGGUUGUUGGUGGCCCAGAAAGUGAUGUGCAAUUUCAUAGUCUUUUCUGAGAACUAACCCACAAUUCAUUAUCCAUCUCUGAAACUGUUAUUAUUUUUUCAUCUUUUCUUUGCCAAAUAGCCUAAUACAGUGUUUAUCAGAAUUACAAAAUGUGUGUCCCAGAGGCAAAAAUUGAAUUUUUCCACCAAAGUACAAACUAUUUGUAGACAAUCUCUCCUCAACUCUAUCAUGUUAUUCUAUAAUUCAGAAAUAUACAAGACCAAAUAUAGACACUAAAUUCAAGAACAAACUGAGCCAGGUAUGUAAAUAUUGAGAAAUACAAACAGAUGGAAUUAGAAAUACCUCUUCUAUUUUCAGAGCUUCUAUUCCCUUCACAAACCAUUCUACUGUAAAAGAAACUUUUCUAUUUUGAUGCACAUAACAGUAAAUCAUAUAUAUAUAUAAUCAUAUAUAUAUACACACACACACAUAUAUGUUCUGUAUUAUCCCCAGGAAGACAAGAGAUGUUUUCUUUUGUUAACAGCAUUGUUGCUGUGUGAUUGGCAUGCAAUAAAUUGAACAUAUUUGAAGUAUGCAAUUUGAAACAUUUCCCACAUGCUAACAUGUAAACAUUUUGAUGUUUAACAUUAUGUAAACAUUAUGAUGAGCAUGUCAACAACUACAAAUGAUUAAUCAUUCCCUGCCCCUUGAGCCACUAAUCACCUUUCAGCUUGCAUUCUGGAGGGUUCCAUAUGAAUGGAAUCAUACAAUAUGUCUUUUUUUCUGACUUUUUUACUUUGUGUAACUAUGUUUGGUUUCAUAUAUCUCUAUCUCGUUGUUUGUAUCAAUCAUUUGUUUAAUGUUGAUUGUCCCUUUUGAGGCAUACUACAAUUCGUUUGUUAUAUGUUUACCUGUUAAUUAAAUAUGGAUUGUUUUAGAUUUUGAAUAAUUACAAAUAAAGCUGCUAUGAAUG